AUGGGCGCCAAAAUAGCUGAUGCAAAGGCAAAGCCACUGCCUCCUGGUGUUUAUACUCCGGUCAUCACAUUAUACGAUGACACUCCCACCCAACCCGUCAACCUAGAGGCCAUGUAUACGUACUGUCAAUAUCUGGUAAACAGUGGCAUGCACGGUCUGGUGUACCUCGGGACAAAUGGCGAGCUUGCCCUUUUAACUCACGAAGAAAGGCAAAGCAUCAUACGUACUGCUCGCAAGGCAGUGGUUGACCUGGGCCUUCCUGACUAUCCCAUUGUCGCUGGCAUCAGCGCGCAAAGCACUGUUGAGACCAUACAGUUUGCAAAGGAAGCUGCUGAAGCUGGUGCCGGCUGGGGUCUUCUUUUGCCGCCCAGCUACUGGGCAAAAGCACUAUCGUCUGACGCUCUGAUUGCCUAUUAUCGUGAUGUCGCAGAUGCGAGCCCAAUACCUGUUGUUAUUUACAAUUUCCCCGGAGUCACUUCGGGCGUAGACUUGGACUCAGACCAGCUCUCGGCACUGGCAUCGCAUCCCAACAUCGUGGCCACCAAACUCACCUGCGGCAACGUGGGCAAGCUGACCCGACUGACGUCCAAGUUUGAGCCGCCGCACUUUGGCGUCUACGGCGGCAGCAGCGACUACCUACUGCCGACGCUGCACGCCGGGGGCAACGGCUGCGUCACGGGGCUCGGCAACUGCUUCCCCAAGUCGACGGCCAAGAUUUACGACUACUGGGCGGCGGGCCGACUGGACGAAGCGCGCGAGUUGCAGGAUCUGGUCGCCAAUGCCGAGUGGGCGUGCAAAAAGUCUCUGUCGUGUACGAAAUACGGGGCUUGGUGGUACGUCGGUAGGCAAAUUGGGUUGAACGAUGAAAGCAUGUUCAAGAUGCGCAAACCAUAUGUAGAGUUGGGCGACGGGUUGAAGAAAUGGAGUCUUGAGACCAUGAAAGUGUUGGAGGAAGUAGAGAAGAAACUUCCGGGGAGAAAAGGGGCAUCGACGGUGAAUGGCUCGUCAUGA